CUAUGGUAACUUAAAGGGAAACUUACACAAUGUCCGGAGCCCUUGAUGUCCUGCAGAUGAAGGAGGAGGAUGUCCUCAAAUUCCUUUCUGUAGGAACCCACUUAGGUGGCACCAUCCUGGACUUUCAGAUGGAGCAGUAUAUCUACAAAAGGAAAAGUGAUGGUAUCUACAUCAUAAAUCUGAAGAGGACCUGGGAGAAGCUGUUGCUUGCAGCCCAUGCUAUUGUUGCCAUUGAGAAACCUGCUGAUGUCAGCGUCAUCUCACCAGCUCCUGAGUUCACUGCUGCUCAGCCAGAGGUGGCAGACUGGUCUGAGGGUGGACAGGUGCCCUCUGUACCCAUCCAGCAGUUCCCUACUGAAGACUGGAGUGCCCAGCCAACCACUGAGGACUGGUCAGCAGCUCCCACAGUUCAGACUACCGAGUGGGUUGGCAUCACCACUGAGUGGUCCUGA